AGAUGCUUUCUGAGCUAUGUCGUGUCCUACUCUCCGAGAUGGGUUUGCCAGUAGAAGUUCUUACGGAAACGGUAAUUGCUGUUGCUGAAGCUAUCAGAGGGAAUUAUACCAAUCAAGAGUAUUUUGCCAGCACGAAUCUUAUUACUAACGAGAAUGUUAGCAGGUCAUCCCUUGUUGUCCUGCUGAUUUCUAUGACAGCCGAAAAGCAACCAUUGUUUUUUAAGGUCAUUGAGACGUUGCUGCCUGCUUCGCAACCAGAAACUUCGCUUUCUACUGGCUCUCUCAUAUGUCAGGCCAUCACAUCUGGAGAAUCGGUACAAUGCUGGUUCGGUUGCGUAUCGCUUCUUUAUUGUUUGCUUGAUGUGGAACAUCUCAGGGAGCAGCUUUUGCGAGUACAGCUAUCAACCACAGUUGAUCAGCCACCAGUUUCUUUGUUAAAGCAUGUGGCCAAUUUGAUGUAUUUGCUUGCAUGGUGGUUUUACGUUUUUGUGCAUCACUAUAUUCUUGAAAUCCAGGUGAGCAUGGGUAACCGAAGAGUGCAGAUGCGCGCUGGAAUACUCAUGUUACUCUCGACAUGGCUCAACAACUGCCCUGCUGCUGUAGCAAGUUUCAUCGAAAAUGAAGAGAAU